AUGCACAGAAUUGCCCAUGCAAGGGAUACACUCACUCCCACUCAAUUCCUCAAGGAUGGCAACACCAUCAUUUCAUCAGGUGGGAGCUUUGCGAUGGGGUUUCUCAGCGUCCCUGCUGGUUCCAUAAACCGAUACGUCGGUAUAUGGUACAACAAAAUCCCUGUUCAGACAGUGAUAUGGAUUGCCAACAGAGAAACUGCCCUCACUAACACAACAUCCGCUGUAUUGAGGCUCGUUCGGCCUGGGCAAUUAGUUCUUACUGAUGCCAAAAAUGACAUUAUAUGGUCCACUAAUGCGCCAAGAUCAGCUAAGAACCCGAUCAUGCAACUAUUGGAUUCAGGGAAUCUUGUGGUGAGAGAUUCAGAGGACGAAAACCCGGAGAAUUUCCUGUGGCAGAGUUUUGAUUACCCAACUGAUACAUUUUUUCCAGGAGUGAAGCUUGGGUGGAAUUUAGUGACAGGCCACGAGGUAUAUGUCACGGCAAGGAAGACCGAAAACGAUCCAUCUUCAGGGCCAUUCACAUUCCGUUUUGACCCAACUGGUUACCCACAAAUAGUAAUCAAGAAUGGUUCCAAAACAACGUACACAACAGGGUGCUGGAAUGGCGUGCGGUUCAGUGGAACCUCCGAGAAAUCUCCAGAUAGUUCUCAUUACAACUACCAAGUGCACAUUAAUCCCAGGGAAAUCUCUGGCAAAUACGAAAUCACUAACCACUCGGUUUUGGCCAGGGCAGUUUUAACUAGCUCUGGUGAUCUCCAAUUCUCCGCGUGGAUGAAUGAGGCCCAAAGCUGGGUCAGUAUCAUUAAAGUCCCUAGGGAUGUCUGCGACAGAUAUGCGAUAUGUGGUGCAAAUGGGAUCUGUAACGCCACAGAUUCCCCAGUUUGUGGAUGCUUUGAAAAAUUUACAAAGAAUAAUAGAGGGGGAUUGGAGUACUGGUCCAAUGGGUGUCGAAGGAGGAGACCUCUGAAAUGCAAGAAUGGAACAGAAGGAUUCAAGAAGUAUUCCCGUGUAAAAUGGCCCGACACGAAACAUUCUUGGUUUAACACGACCAUGAACCUUACAGAGUGUGAGCUCAAGUGUUUGAGGAAUUGCUCGUGCACGGCUUAUUCAAAUUUGGAUAUAAGCAAUGGAGGAAGUGGUUGUUUGCUUUGGUUUAAUGACUUGAUUGAUAUUCGUGUAAUGCCUCAGAACGGACAGGACAUUUACAUCAAACUCGAUUCUUCUGAGUUACCAGGUUUGUGCUUUGGCUUGUAUAUCUACAAAAAGAAUAAGAAGAAAAUGAUGGAGCUCAAAGAAUGGUUAGAACUACCGUUAUUUGACCUGUCUACAAUAUCAAGAGCUACAAAUAACUUUUCGGAAAACAACAAGCUUGGUGAGGGUGGAUUUGGAGCUGUUUACAAGGGUGUUCUAGAUAAUAAAGAGGAAAUUGCCGUGAAACGACUCUCGAAGACUUCCAAACAAGGAGUAUUAGAGUUCAAGAAUGAAGUAAUUUGUAUUGCCAAGCUUCAACAUCGAAAUCUAGUAAAGCUUUUAGGGUGUUGUAUACAAGGAGAAGAAACGCUUUUGGUCUAUGAAUACAUGGCAAAUAAAAGCUUGGAUACCUUUAUAUUUGAUGAUGCAAAGAACAAAUUGCUUGAUUGGCCAAAGCGCCACUCCAUUAUUAACGGAAUUGCACAAGGACUAAUGUAUCUCCACCAAGAUUCUCGACUAAGAGUCAUUCAUAGAGAUCUUAAAGCUAGUAAUGUUUUAUUGGAUAACAAUAUGAAUCCCAAGAUUUCAGACUUUGGACUUGCAAGAAGUGUUGGAGGGGAUGUAACAGAAGCUAAUGCAAGCCGUAUUAUGGGAACACAUGGAUACAUAUCACCAGAAUAUGCUGCUAAUGGAAUAUUUUCAAUAAAAUCUGAUACAUUUAGCUUUGGUGUUUUGCUUUUGGAGAUUGUGACGGGUAAAAGAAAUAGAGGUUUAUUCCACCCAGAUCACUGUCUCAACCUUAUCGGUCAUGCAUGGAAAUUGUAUAAAGAAAACAAGGCAUUGGAACUCAUUGAUGUGCAUCUAAUUCCAUCAUGUGAUCUAUCUCAAGUUCAAAGGUGUAUCCAUGUUGGACUGUUAUGUGUUCAACAAUGUCCUAGUGAUAGACCAACUAUGUCUUCUGUGGUAACAAUGUUGACUAAUGACUACACUCUACCCGAAGCAAAAGAGCCGGGAUUCUUCACAGAACGGAGAGAAAACACAAGCGAUUACUCUUCAAGCACUCAGGGAACAUGUUCAAGAAAUGAAUGCACCAUCACUGCAUUGGAUCCUCGGUAG